GAGUCGAUUAAAAUUUCGAAAGAAUCUAUGGAAAGGCAGAAAAUUUUACGCGGUUCCCUCGAAGAUUGUGAAUUUCCGAAAUCCACAGAAUUCAAGAUGCCUAAUAAUUAUAAACAAAGUCGGGCCAUUAUUAAGGAGAUUGGAGAGUCGAUUAACAUUUCGAAAGACUCUAAGGAAAGUCAGAAAGUUCUACGCGGUUCCCUCGAAGAGUGUGAAUUUCCGAAUUCCACAGAAUUCAAGGAACUUCGUAAAGAUCUAGACUACUAUCAGUAUCUCCAACGUCAAUUGGUUGUACACGUCGUUGCAGCGUCUAAAAACAAAGAAACAAAUAGUACAGCGCAACAUUUCAUGAAAAGGUUCAUCCAAAUGAACCAGGACUACAACAACAUCAUUGGUUUUCUUGUAGACAAAAACAAGUAGAUUUUUAAGGGGUUUGUUAUUUUUAAUUGACUGAAGUUUUAACGCUGUUAAGAAUUUGACAAACGCACUUUUCCGCAGUGGAUUGUAUGUUAUUUAAAAUUAUAAGAUUUUUAUGGAUUUUUAUCUCUAAUGGUUUGUUAUUUC